CACACACUCAUACUGACUUUCCGGCAGCUGCAUAUCGACGCAUUCACGAGUGAAGAAGAGCCGGGCUGAAGGAGACACAGACCGGCGAGGGCAUCCGCCGCUCUCAACGCGAAUCCUCUCUGGAAUGGACACCGGAGGAGAGCACUGACCAUCCUGGAACCAUGCCUACUGUCCUCGGUGGCAAAGGGAAACUUUCCAUUGUCUGUUUUCUACUCAAAUGCGCGUAUUCUCAGGUAUCAAGAAACCAACGCAACGGUUGUGCCAAAGAUAUUCUAGAGGACAUGACUCAGUCCUGGCCGUCUCAGCAGGCCUGUGACCAGGCCCAACGAAUCCUAUACAACCCUAAGGAAGCAAAACCAGCAACUACACAACAGAGGCAAAGUAGGGGGGAUGUUCAGCUGCGAAUGAACCGUCACCCUCACGUUGCACCCCACAAAUCGAUGCUUGCUGAUGACCUGAGGCUGAGCAGUGAUGAUGAGGACACUCACAGGGGAACUCAUGAGUCAUCUUCCUGGGGUGGACAAAGUCUGUCAGCACAGCGAGCGCACACACAUGGCAGACGGGUGAGACAUUCCAGCUCGGACUCCGGCUCAGACUCCAGCGCUGAAUCAGACAGCAGUAGCCUUCACUCCUGGAGCCCCCACCGAAGCCCAGAAGUUAACCCGGAUCCUCCGUCGCCUACCAAUACACAGCAGCCAUGCAACAGCAAAGAGGCUGAUCACCCCUCUGCUGCUCAGUGGCAGUUGGAUAAAUGGCUGAAGAAAAAAUCUGCCAGCAGUGAACAAGACCCCUCCCAGAGCAUUCCAGGACGCCUUCCCUCUCCCUGCACCCAAAGAGCCCCAUCUCCAGCCAGAUCCUGGGACAGUAAUCGGGAAUACAGCCCAAGCCAAAGCCCUAUUCCCAGCCCUCAGUUCAAUUACAGCGACAACAACAGCCCCCUUCCCAGUCCUGGCUAUAGCUUCUGCCCUAGCCCAAGCCCGUUCCCCAGCACCUGUCCAAGUCCCAGCCCCAGCCCGAGACACAGCCCAAUCCAAACGCUGGUUUGCCCUAGUCCAAGUGGGAGCCCAAGAGCCAGCCGAAGCCCUAGCCCUAUACUUCGAGACCCCCCACGAAGCCCAAGUCCAAGUCUGCCUGCUCCUUCCAGGGUUCGUCACCAUCCAGAAGUUCAGAGUCAGAUCCAAACACAAAAAAUCCAAGAAACCAAUCCACACAGGACAAUAAAUAGAUCUUGGAUUGCCCCAUUGCCUAACACCAACAAGACCAAGCCUUCAAACAGUACUCAUUAUCAGCAACCUCAGCAGCACACAGCCAAGUUUCGACCCAUACAGGACCAAGACCAGAACCAAAGCAAAUCCAAGGAUUCUACUGCUUUGAACUCUAACCACAAAUCUAGACCCAAGCCUAACUCAAAUCCAAGUUGUAGACAGAUCUCAGAGGCACCAAAAGCCAAACACACAUCACAUGUUCAGCAACUCCAAAGAAGUACAUCCAACCCCAAUUCAAACCACAAGAGCAGGCCUUCGAUUCCAUCGAUCACACAACAUACCCCCACUAGAGCAAAGCACGUAGUUCCCACUAGUCGUGUAACCAACUCUGGUCAUAGUGCUCAUUCCAAAUCUACCUCUAAAGCUGCUACUACUAAUUCUGACACUGGGUUAAACUCUAAAUCAAACCCUAGCCUAGAUCAUUGGGUCAAGUCUUUUGUAGGUACUGCCCAAAGUUCUGUGCAUGUCAACCAUAAAAAAAAUCCUCAGAAGAAACCCCAGACCAAAGAACAGGAGGUAGCUCACACAGGAAAUCAUCCGACCCAAAAAGAGGGGAGAAAAGACAGAAAAGAGGACAGACUUCAGGAAAAACAACAGGGAAAGCAGGAGAGAAAGGAAGACAAGAGGCUGGCGGAGGAGCAGUUACUGAGACGUCCCUGGAUCCAGAGUUCAGCAGAAGAAGAGGAGGAGGAAGAGGAAAGGGAGAGUGUGAUAGAGAGGCAAAGAAGGAGAGAGGAGACAGAAAGAGAGGACAAUAGGAGGCGAAGGGAGCAGCAGAAUAGACACGAAUGGCAAACAGCCCAGGCCAAACAGAGACUAUCUACCAACACCAGGCAACACCGUCCUCGAGACGACUCACAGAACCAGGGGAGGACAAAAAAGGGAGGAAGAAGCCAGGAGGAAAGAGAGUUACAGCAAGAACCAUCAACUCCUCCUUUAUGUUCCUCAACUCCUCAUAGAGUGUCCUCUUCACCCUCUACCUCCUCCUCUUCAAAUUCAGACUCAGAAUCUGAAUAUCAGGUCCCAAUCGCCAAAGUCCCAGCUGACUCUACCUCUAAUAAGAGACUCUCCAAGACAAGGCAACAAGGUCCAGGUAGACCAGACACUAACAGGCCGAAGGUGGUGCACCACAGAGAACCCACAUCAGGGGACCCAGGUGAGGGGAAGCAAAAACUGUACACCCUGGUACCAUUCGGGCGAGGUGAAAAGGCUACAGCACCUUCCCAGCGAGGGCUUCGAAAUCUGGUUGUGCACAUAGACCUCUCUCUUCUUAAACGGGUCCCUGACAGCACAACUAGUUCCCCUGUUAAAAAAUCCUCCACUUCCUCUACUGCUUCAUCUACCAAGGACAAGCAAAGAGAGGCUAUGAAACACCUGUAUGUCCCUGAGACUGGGACGAAAGACAGCAAAAGGAAACGCAAGCUGGAGAAUGGUGUGUCACACAGAGAUAGCAAGAGGAGUAUCCCUUACGCGAAUGACCCUCCUGUCCACUCUGGGUCUUCAUCUCACACAGCAGAGCACGACUUUGUGACUGAAACCACACACAAUGGGUACUUGGAAGAGUACAUGGACAGCAAAAGGCCACUGACUCCCCUGUCACCGCUGUCUGACAGCCCAGAGUCGGCCAAGCCUCCCUCCAAAACAAAGAUACCAGACCAGCACCACAUCUCCAAGAACAGAGACAAGAACCGAGAUUCUGUUAUCAAGCCCAAGAUGGAGGUGGAAAUUGUUAAAGUGUCAAGACAGCCCCAACCUCCAUCUGAGUCCUGGGGCCCUGGGGGACACAGAGGGGCCUUGCCAAACCAUGAAACCCCACAUCAUGCUGAAUACUACUUACAUGAAGCUAAAAGGAUGAAGCACCGUGCAGAUGCAAUGGUGGACAAACUUGGGAAGGCUGUGAAUUACAUUGAUGCUGCUCUGUCUUUCAUGGAAUGCGGGAAGGCCAUGGAGGAAGGGCCACUGGAGGCGAAGUCUCCUUAUACCAUGUACUCAGAGACAGUAGAGCUCAUCAGGUACGCGAUGAGGCUGAAGAGUCACUCUGGCCCUGGGGCGAGACAGGAAGACAAACAGCUGGCGGUUCUGUGUUUCCGAUGCCUUGCCCUCCUUUACUGGCAAAUGUUUCGUUUAAAGAAGGACCAUGCACUGAAAUACUCCAAAGUCCUACUGGACUACUUUAAGAGUUCUCCCAAAGUGCCUACAACACCUCCGGGUUGGAACGACUCUGGGAAGGGUACAGGAGGACCCCCUUCUUCACUCUCACCGAAUGCAAAACAACACGGGCGGGGUUCACACGGGGGCAGCGACUUCCCCUCUCACAUAAGCAUUCCUCAACGUAUCCACCAGAUGGCAGCGAAUCACCUGAACAUUACCAACAGUGUCUUGUACAGCUACGAGUACUGGGAGGUGGCAGACAACCUUGCAAAGGAAAAUAAAGAAUUCUUCAACUACUUGAAUACGUUGUCUGGGCCACUGACACUUCACAGUAGCAUUGCUCAUGCAGUCCAAUACACCAGACAGGCUCUUCAGUGGAUACGUAUUAGUGCCAAACUUAACUAACAUGGAGGAGAUCUCAUUAAGCCUGCCCACUGGAAUUACAGGCCUUAUUUUGAAAAGAUGGAACUUUCGAUCUCUGUGCAGCUGACAGGCCAGUCCUGAAACUUGCUGGGCUUCCUGUGUGAUAUUGACCUGGAUGAAAUGAAGUCUGAUCCCAUCCUCAUAUGAUGUUGAGCUACACACCAUCCAGGCCUUACUGUGUGCAAAGCCUUCUGAAGGAUCAUAAUGAAACCUUUCACAGAAGAACUCCAUGCAACUACUUCCUCAUCAAAGGAUUAAUUUGCUGUGUGUGCUAUGGAUUUAAAGUCGUUUGCCAAAUGUCUCAUUGUGAUCAAAGCAGGACGAAUACACCUUUGUUUGUGCAUUUUCAUGUGCACGCCAAUUUUCAUUCUUUGGAAUGAACUGUUUUUCCUGGGAGAGGAGAUGCUUAAAACAACCAACCAACCAUCAUCGACCAUGUUCUGCAUUGUAGGGUGUUUGUCUACAUUUUUAUUUUUAAGGUGACUGAAUUACCUCUUUUUUUUCUAAAUAUUUUAUAUUUUCCAUUUGUAUGUGUUUUUACCGUGCAAUAUUUGAUGGAUGAUGUGUUUCUAGAAAAGCAAGGAAAAGUACAAGAGACAAAUAAAAUGUUGGCGAGUGUCAUUAUUUAUAAUCCAGGCACUUCUUAUGCAAAAUGUAUUAUGUCAUUGUUUUGAGUGUGAGUGAAUAAUGAAGGUGAAGGUGUCACUUGGA